AUGGCGACGGACGGCAAGCAGAGCACAGCGAGGAGAGACCUGCUUCAGCAGAUUGAAGCUGAUGUGCAGAAGAAGUGGGAGAAGCAGAAGAUCUUCGAAUGUGAUGCUCCUGACAGCAGCAGCGAGAAGUUCAUGUGUACUUUCCCGUAUCCGUACAUGAAUGGCCUGCUACACAUCGGCCAUGCUUUCUCCUUGACGAAGGCAAUCUUUGCCGCGCACUUCAAUCGCUUGCUUGGAAAGAAGGUCUUAUUCCCUUUCGGCUUCCAUUGUACAGGCAUGCCAAUCCAGGCUGCAGCCAACAAGCUGGCGAGGGAGUUCGAUGUGUAUGGCAAGCCAUAUCCAAUCUUUCCGCCCGGACGUCCGCAGCCCAAGGAGUCGUCGCCCGACGUCAUUGAGAUCGAUGAUGAUGGCGUCACCAUGCAGUGGAAGCCCCCAGCAUCGACGGGCAAGAAGGCCGUCAAAGAGUAUGUCGUGCACAUGAAGGUCCAGGAUCAAGACUUCAAGGUCGUCAAGAAAAUGCAACCCCCGAGCCCCGAGGAACUCAAGGCGGCUGGCAACAAAGUCCGGACUGUUCUGCCCAUCGAGGGUGGAGGUUGCGUCUACAAGGCAGGUGCAUUGUUAGCGGUCUUCUGGCCUGGCCGAGCUGGCUCUUCGGAACACAAGGUCAUCGCCGUCUUGGAGGACGGCUCUUCAUGUCCCCCCAGCCCAGAGUCAGAUCAAGUUUCUGUUGAUGCAGCACCCAAAGACAAGAAGAGUGGCGCUGCAGGUGGAAAGCGUGUAGCAAAGAAAAUCCUUGCCAAGAGCGGUGACGCAGCAUUCCAGUACGAGAUCAUGAAGGCAAUGGGUCUGUCUCCUGAAGACAUUCCGAAGUUCGUUGAUCCUUCAUACUGGCUGCAGUAUUUUCCGCCUCUUGGUGUCCGUGACCUGAAACGCCUGGGCACACCAGUCGACUUCCGCCGAUCGUUCAUCACGACAUCUGCGAACAGCUUCUACGAUAGUUUUAUCCGUUGGCAAUUCAGGAAGCUGAAGCAAUCCGAAAAGAUUGGGUUUGGAAAGAGACCGACUAUUUACAGUGAGGUGGAUGGGCAGGCAUGCAUGGACCACGAUCGAGCAGAAGGCGAGGGUGUUGGACCCCAGGAGCGGAAAGUUUCAUAG